ACCACCUACUGACCGCAACCUCCCAACUCCUUGUAGCUGCCUCCUCCCUCCCUCCCUCCCUAAACUCGCAAGCAACCUGCGGCCGAGCCGUGCACCAGUUGGUCCUGCGUUGCUGCUAGUGACCACAGCCAUUGUCGGCGACGAUGGGGAGCGUGGUGCGUGCGGCGGCGGCGGCGCUGGUCUUCGUGGCGCUGGCGUCGGCGGCGACUGCGCAGAUGGAGAGCUGCAACGGCGAGCUGCCGCCCGUGCUCGCCGCCAACUACUCGGGCCUGGCAUGCCAGCCCGUCUGGAACAACUUCGUGCUCCGGUAUCACCAGGACAAGAACAACGUCCUGCGCGUCGUCCUGUCCAGCAUGUACAGCACGGGGUGGGUGGGCAUGGGGUUCUCGAGGGACGGCCUCAUGAUCGGCUCCAGUGCCAUGGUGGGGUGGAUCGGCAAGAAGGGGCUCCCCCACAUCCGGCAGUUCGCGCUGCGCGGCAAGAGCAGCUCCAAGGUCGUCGUCGACCGGGGCUUCCUCGUCUCCAACGACCACGACCACACCGUCGUCGUGCAGCAGGCCAAGAUCUACCUCGCCUUCCAGCUCAAGUUCUCCUACCGCCUCACCCACCAGCACAUCAUCAUGGCCUUCGGGAACAGCAUCCCCGUGAAGAACAAGCUCACCAGGCAUCAGGACAAGACCUCCUUCACCUUCGAUUUCACAACGGGCAGGGCUUCCGUCGACGGGUCUUUCCCCUACGGCCUGCGUCGUGCCCACGGCGCACUGAACGUGUUCGCGUGGGGCGUCCUCAUGCCCAUCGGCGCCAUCCUGGCGCGCUACUUCCGGCGGGUGGACCCGCUCUGGUUCUACCUCCACGUAGGCCUCCAGUUCGUCGGGUUCAUCAUCGGUCUCGCCGGCGUCGUGGCCGGGGUGGCGCUGUACAGCAAGAUCCAGGCCGACAUCCCCGCGCACAGAGGCCUCGGCAUCUUCGUCCUCUUCCUCGGCAUCUUGCAGAUCCUGGCGUUCUUCCUGCGGCCGAACGCGGACUCCAAGUACCGCAAGUACUGGAACUGGUACCACCACUGGGCGGGGCGGCUGGCGCUCUUCUUCGCGGCCGUCAACAUCGUGCUGGGGAUCCACGUCGGCGGCGCGGACAACUCGUGGAAGAUCGGCUACGGCUUCAACCUGGCCGUCAUCCUCGUCGCCGUCAUCGCGCUGGAGUUCAUGCUGUGGACGAGGUGGUCCAAGAACAGCACCUCGACCCCGACGUACUAAUGGCAGCUGACCGACGUGGGUGGGUGGGCUGGUGGCGCUGUGAUGACAGCCCUGUGCCCCUGUUUUUACUUUUUAUUUUUGGGUUUUUUUACGAGGGUCUGAUGUCGUGUUGCUUGGACCCUGUUUUUGUUUGUGUUCUUCAGAACGGCAACUGUAAGUGUGAGUUUCAGCAAGUGCAAUUGCACUGCCGGUAGUUCUGCAAUGUGCACGCCUGGUAUAGUGGUAUAUGAUUUUUUCAAAAAAAAAUGUUAUGGUGGUGUAUGAUAAUUUGAACGAGAAUGACUUGCCUAUUGCUCACCAA